AUGAUCUCGGUGAGGACUCUCUGCAGCCUGCUGCUCCUCAGUGUGUUCUGGGUGGACUUGUCCAUGGCUGGCUCCAGCUUCCUGAGCCCUGGCCAUCAGAAAGCCCAGCAGAGAAAGGAGUCCAAGCAGCCACCAACCAAACUACAGCCCCGAGCCCUGGAAGAUUGGCUCCGCCCAGAGGGCAGAGGGCAGGCAGCUGAGGAUGAGCUGGAGAUCCAGUUCAACGCCCCCUUUGAUGUUGGCAUCAAACUGUCUGGGACUCAGUACCAGCAGCACGGCCAGGCCCUGGAGAAGUUUCUUCAAGACAUCUUUGGGGAAGAGGAGAAAGAGGCCCCUGCUGACAAGUGAUACUGCAGAACUGGCUGAGGUGUGCUCGCCUGGCUAUCCCAGUGCUUCGGCGGCA